AGAGGGUCAUGUGGUGACAUGGAGCCAGAAAUCAACUGCUCUGAAUUCUGUGACAGUUUUCCUGGCCAAGAGCUGGAUCGGAGACCCCUUCAUGACCUUUGCAAGACAACCAUUACUGACUCCCAGCACAGUAGUCUGGACAUCUCCCCACUGUCUCCUGCCCUCCUGGGUAUUAUUUGGACCUUUCUCAGCUGUGGGCUACUUCUGGUGCUUUUCUUUCUGGCUUUCACAAUUCGCUGCAGGAAGAACAGGAUUGUGAAGAUGUCCAGCCCCAAUCUGAACAUUGUGACCUUGCUGGGCAGUUGUCUGACCUACAUCAGCGCUUACCUUUUUGGGAUUCAAGAUGCUCUUGUGGGGAGUUCAGUGGAAGCUCUCAUUCAGACAAGACUUUCCUUGCUGUGCAUUGGGACGUCCCUGGUGUUUGGCCCUAUUCUGGGGAAGAGCUGGCGACUCUACAAAGUGUUUACCCAGAGAGUACCGGACAAGAGAGUGCUGAAGCAAUGGAAGGCAUUUGAAGGAGAAAACCAAACAAUCAGACACAUGGCCAAAUACUUCAGCACUCCCAGCAAAAGCUUCCACAGCCAGUUCGAUGAGGACCAGAGCUGCCACUUGAGGGAUGAGAAGAGCUGCAUGGAGAGGCUCCUCACAGAAAAAAACGCAGUCAUUGAAAGCCUGCAAGAACAAGUCAGUAACGCCAAGGAAAAGCUGGUGAAGCUGAUGUCUGCGGAGUGCACCUAUGACUCCCCAGAGUGGGCUGUCCCAGCUGCAGCCUCUGCCCGUGGGCUGGCACUUCAGGAACCUUCAGAAUGCCCUGCUGCUUCUGAGAAUGAGAGCCUAGAAGCUGCUAAGGACUCCCUACCUGCCUCAGUGACCUCUCAGCACACGAAAGGCUCAGGGGCAUCGAGAAGGGACACCAGUCCCUCCCCAAACCAGAAAAACAACAUGCCUUUGAAACAGUUUAGUGAUUGUUUAGACAUGGGUUGCAGCCAGAAGCCAAAGGCUGAACAAAGCGAGGGUCCUGAAAGAGGAGGCCAGGAACCCAUGGUUUCCAGCCAGAGUUUAAUGGCAGAUAGAGUGGCCUGUGAACCCCAUAAGCCCAGGCAGAACUCAGAGGUACUCCCAGAGAGGCUACCUCGAGUCAGUUCAGUGGUCAGAGAGAAGCUUCAGGAAGUUCUCCAAGAGCUGGACCUAGGCUCCGAAGUUCCCCUUUCCCCACUGCCUUGUCCCCAGCAGCUCUGGAAGAAUACCACUUCCCACAGCCUCCAGAAGCUGUCCCCAUCUAAACUGGGCUUCAGUCCGUAUGUGGUGAGGAGGAGACGGGCGGCCCAGCGGGCUCGCUCCCACAUCCUUGGCUCUGCGGGCCUCAAUGUGGGUCAUCAAGGAAAUAGAGCCGUUUCUACUGCACAAAGUGGGCUUAUUGUACAGAACAGAGACAGCCCCAAGCCGGACCAUCACAAUGCAAGGUCCAAGGUACCAAGGUCCUCUUCUGUAAAACCAUCACCACUCUCAGGACCUCACCAGAGACCCGGUACCCUGGAGGGUAACAAACAGUGCGGGACGGAGCCUCAGGAGGCCAGAGGAUGCGAUGUAGCUUUUCCUUGCCAACCUUCUGCUUCUGCCCAGGCACAAAGUCCCACAGCCCCAUGCCUACCCUCUUCACCAGCUCUGCCCAGGCAGCGUCAGCCUCGACCCCGUCUGUCCCCUGGCUGUCCUUCCUUGUCUUCUGGGUGCUACAACCUUGACAGUGAGUCCAGCAGCUCAGACGAGUUCUUCUGCCGCUGCCACAGGCCCUACUGUGAAAUCUGCUUCCAGAGCUCUUUGGACUCCAAUGACAGUGACACUUCAGACAGUGACCUAGAACAAGCUUCAGGAUUGGCCUCCUGGGAAAGGCUGUGGGCCAGCUCCAAGCCCGUUGUGAACUUCAAGGAUGAUAUAAAGCCCACACUAGUGUGAAAAGUGGCAAGGUGGGCUGGCCACAGAGGUCAGUCCGGAUCCCCACAGAGCCAGGGAUUGUGGGAGGAGAGCUAGAUGUCAGUCUUUGGGGUCAGCUCAGCACCAUGCCAUGACCAGCCUCAGCU